CGGGGCGAUCCCGGCGCGGACAGGGAGCGAUGGCCAUCAGGGCGGAGUCGGCGCGGUCCGAGGCCACCGAGCCGAAGCAGCGCAAGCCCGUGGCGGCCGCCGCGGGCGGCGCGCCGGCCCCUGAGGCCGCGGACGCCGUCGAGAGCAGCGACAAGGAUCUCCGGGAGCGCAGCCGCAGGGCCUUGCAGUCGCUGCCGCCGGCGCUCCAGCGGCGCCGCACCGAUGCCGCCGGGCUCCUCGCCUUCGCCACGAUCGUGGUGGUCGGCACUUAUGUGACGACGCAGGAGAUGCUGCAGCCCCCAGAGUCGCAGAUCGUGCGCGUCGCCUCUCCGGUACUGGGCGCGCUGCUGGCGCUCUUCCUGCUGAGCUGGCUGGGCGUGGCCGUGCACGGUCCCGGCCGACCGCCCCUGGCCGGCGCCGAGGCCGAGCCGCUCCCAGAGGUGGUGGCGGCGGCGCUGCAGGCCGGGCAGCGCUGCAAGAAGAGCCCCUUUGACGCCAAAGGCACCGCGUGCGGCGAGUGCGGCAUGCCGCCCAAAGCAGCUCGGUAUUCUUCACCCACUGCAAAGAUUGCAACCAGUGCAGCUUCAUGAUGGACUCGCACAUGCCCCUGGUCGCGCAGUGCGUGGGGUAUCGCAACCUGCGCUGCUUCCUGGUAUGGCUCGGCUACGGGCAGGCCAUCCUCCUCUGCCUGGUGGGCCUCUCGGCGCGGCGCCUGCUCGACACUGGC